AUGAAGAAGAAUUCCAAAGGGACUAAAAACACAGCUCCAAAAAGGACUGUACAAGACGCAUUUCCCAAAAUCACUAAAGGAACUGCGAAAAACUCAGCAACGGGAAAAAAUGCGAAAUCGUCCGUUACAGAAAAAGGAACAAAUAAAGAAAGUGCGAAGAAUGUCAGCUUAGAAGAACGAAUUGAAAGUGACCCUGAACUGUCCGAAUCUCUUGACAAUGCUUAUAAAGGCAUUUUAUCGGAACGUAUGAGUCUGCCAGUCCACGAAGAAGAAAUGAGUAAAGUGCAAUUAGUCCUGCAUCACUUUGACAUGUCUGCCAAAUAUGGACCCUACUUGGGAAUGACUCGGCUUGAACGCUGGCGUCGUGCUAAGCGGUUUGAAUUGGAUCCGCCCAAUGUUAUAGAACAGAUCUUGACACUGGAAGAAGCUGACGAAGAGAAUAGAAAACGAGAGACCCUAUUUUAUAAUUUUAAGCCAAUGGUAGAAUAA